UACGGAGACAAUGGCCGGGGGUCAGAUCUCCGCCGCGAGAUGGGGUCAGCGGAGGCCACGGAGAUGGUACUCAAUAACCUCUUCUACAUUACUGCCAAGCUAGGAGAAGAUCACCCCAAAGAAGUGGAGGAACUGUGGGCCGCACUGUGUACCUGUUGGCCUAAUAACCUUAAAGUUAUUAUCCGUUACCUGUUCAUCAUUACCGGUAUGGCCGCCACCGAGUUGCUGCCUUAUGCCAAGAGGGUCAUCGUGUACGUGGGUCGAGCCCGGCCAGACCGCCUGGUGGAGGAACUUAUGGCCGAGAUGGGCACAGUGGAGACUCUCAACUGUGUCAUAGAGCGCACUGAGACUCCUCCCUUCUUCAGACUGACAUCGAUGAGGAAGACGUCAUCACACGGCGAGGGCGGAGGCGUCGGGGGUAGUGGAGCGCCCCAGGAACAGACGCCCUCAGAACGCGGAACAAUACACACCAAGAGACACUCGGGGGAUCACCACGACCUCCCCAGGGAAAGAUAUUCGCCUCUUGUGUCGAGGGAACAGCGCAGCGCCCCCGGGUCGCUACGCAGCGUGUCCAGUGUGGGGUCCGGGGUGUCGAGCGUAAUUGCCGUGGACAGUUCGGCGGCCGCCUCGACGGCAGCGACCACGGCCAUCAAUAUCAAGUCUCGACCCAACUCCUCGCUGGCGCCCAAUUCCUUGUCGUCUAAUAUGCAGGAGGACCUGAAUCCAAACCCUGUCGAGGCUGGUAUACCCCAAGAGGAUAAUUUUGCCAUCUUACGAGCCCAGAACAACAACACCAGUGGUGGGGUAACAGCGGCGGGGGGGAGUGCGGCGACGGGAAUAGACGACACCAGCGAGCGUUACGAACCUCCGCAGCCGCACCCGCUACCCAUGCCAGAGUACGGGGGCUACUUCGCACCGCUGACGGAGUACUUACCUGAUAGUUCUCAACCCAUCACUGCAUUUCACAGGUGCAAUCUGGCGGUGAUGUUAAUCUGUGACGUGAUCGUGGCGGGCAUAGACGUCGACUGUCACAGUGUGGACUGGUCGAUCCACGUGCCUCUCAUGCUGCACAUUAUUACCUUGGGUCUUGAUCACUCCCGGCCACUCGUCCACCUACACUGCAAGACGCUGCUGGUUCACUUGCUGACCGUCGUAGCUGACCAUCGCGACCACCUCGGCGUGGCUCGGGUCCUCCUCAACAACAAGACCACGCUGCUAGGUUACGGCCUAAUACCCAACAACAUUUUUACUCACAACAAGAACUUUACCGAGGAGCCCCCAAGCGAUCCCACGCCACCGAUAGUCGCCGCUCCGCCGGGCUUCGAGAACCCGCCCGAACCGACAAGUGACGUGGGGGCGCCGGCCGGGUUGACGGACGACAGCGUUACCAAUCCCGUCAUAAUCACCUCGGAUGACAAUGCUGACACGGUUUCUGGCUCCUCGGCCACUGGGCCAGAACACGUGCCCCAGGAUGAUCUGCAGUAUAGCAUUAUGGCUCUUAUAGACUUUAUUGUUUCCAGUAAGAACCAGCCUCUGUGGCCCUACGAGGACAUCACAUCGAAACAGUUCUCGAUCCGGAGCGCCGAACAGCUCGCCAACUUUGUACGACAUGUUGUCACGGUGUUCAGUCACUCUCUGCCUCACACCCACAUCGAGGAGCGCUGGGCCCAGAUCGCACUCCACUUAGCGCUCUCCUGUUCCUCCAGACACUAUGCCGGCCGCUCCCUUCAGGUGUUCAGGUCGUUACACGUAUCUAUGUCGUCUCGCAUGCUGAGCGACCUUCUGGGACGGUUAGUGGAAACGGUGGCCGAGCAAGGGGAGGACAUGCAGGGCUACGUCACGGAGCUAAUGCUUACCUUGGAGUCUGCUGUUGACGCCUUGGACUCUGACUUCAGGCCGAUCGAGUUUGUCCGGGAGCUAUUCAAAUCCACACCGAACCUGAACAACAAAGACAGGAAGGGCCCUAUAGGGUACGGGAUGAUCGGCCAUUUCUACGGAGCCGGAUACCCACAACCUUCAGCUCCAGUCUCCCCCGGCGGGCACAUUCGCUCCACGUCCUACUCGAUAUCGUACGGUCGAGGGAAGCCGAUGGGGUCGCCAACAGCCGAUAUCAAGGUUCAACCGGAGAUGCGAGGAAGGAGCGGAACAGACGUAGACACACGCAUGAGACAACAACAACAUCAGCUUCAACAGUCUAGUAACUUAUCCCGGUCACGGUCCGCCCAAUCGCUGAAGCAGUUAGCUGACCAGAGUUCAGCCGAUGAUAAAAUGACUGUCCUGGCGCAAUUCUUCUGGAUUGCCGUCUCGAUGUUGGAAUCAGACUACGACUAUGAGUUUAUUUUGGCCAUGAGGCUCUUGGAUAAAGUCCUCGCCCGACUGCCGCUCGAUCGUCCAGACUGCCGAGAUAAGGUGGAGAAGUUACAACAGCAGCUCAAAUGGAAGGAUUUCCCCGGCGUCCACGCUCUACUGCUCAAGGGCUGUACGAGCGCCACCACCUACGAGCCAACCAUUACUCUACUCUCACGCUUCACCCCGCUAAGCGAUCUGAUAGUUGUCGACCCAAGCCAGAGCCGAGCGUUUGCCAUCAACGUCAUAGCCCUACUGCCGUACAUGUUGCAGAACUACGAAGACGCCAACGCCCUCUGUAUACAAGCGUCGGAAAACAUCGCCCAGGUAUGUAACGAGAAAGGUAAAGAACUGGAGAACUUGGCGACGGUCAUGACACUUUACAGCCGCCGUAACUUCAGCAAGGAGAGUUUUCAGUGGACCAAGUGUGUAGUCAAGUACCUGCAUGACUCUUAUGCCCAUCUGUCCCUCAGUCUCAUGGCUUUCCUGGUUGAGGUCUUGGAGAAAGGACCCACGACUGUUCAGAACCCCAUACUAAACAUCCUACACUGUAUGCUUCACUACAUCGACAUGAACACUGCUGCCGCUCAGCUCGUCAACGGCGAUCUGUUGAGGGUCAUCGCUAAGUAUAUUGAGGGGUCACACUGGAAGGAAGCCCUCAGGAUACUGAAGAUGGCCGUGACGCGUUCAUCAUCGCUGGUGGUGCCUCCUGCCUCCUCCCACACCCACUACUGGGACCAUCACGUCUUUGCUGAUAUCGAGUCCCACUUCAAGAAGGAGUUACCUGGACGCACGAUGGAGUUCACCUUCGACGUGAACCAGACGCCCAUUAUUGGCCGCCGGUACCUCAAAGGUUCGGGAAUGAUAGUCCUCCCGAGUCACGCCAGCGCUGGGUCGUCUACCGUCAGUUCUGCCACUAGUGAGAGUCUGCAAGAUCAGGAACAGGACCGGGUGAGCAGCGACAACAACGGAGUGAUGGGAACUGAGCGAGUGGAGACGGCCUCACCCCGCAGGAGCCUCUCGCUCUCUGCGGCUGACACCAGUCACCUCGCUGGCUGGAAGCGCCCGUGGCUGUCUCAGGCUAGAGCUCGGGAAUGCCUGGUUAACCUACUCAACACCUGCGGACAGAGAGUUGGCUUACCCAAAUCACCCUCGCAGGAGGGCAACAUGAGCAAGGUCAUAUUCAGCCAAAGUUCAGAGCUGGAGAGGCAGUCGUCCAUGGCGUCUUCCACAGAGGAGGUGUCUGUGGCCCCGGGCGACACUGCCAACGACCGCACCGCCGACGACAUGACCUCGUCGGAGAAACAGUUCGCCGUCUUUAAGGACUUUGACUUCUUAGAGUAUGAGCUGGAGAGUCAGGGAGAGGAGAGUGUUGACAACUUCAAUCUUUGGGGAGUUCGUCGUCGAUCGCCGAGUAACCUUGGAGAUGGCGACCCUCUGAGCCACAUGGACGACAUCCACGGCUCGGAGCUCACGCCUUCCCACGGCAAGAAACCCACGCCCCCGGCAGAUCACGAGUGGUGGGAAGAGGAAGGAUCCGUGUCCCCCGUCGACGACCCCACGCUGGGCGCUGGGGAGCGGUCGGCGGUGCCCCACACCCGCCACCCGCAGCCGACCGCCACCGCUCACUCCGCCGUGCCGCCAAAACUGACUCUCGACACUACCGCCUCCGUACGCAGACCCACCUCCCCCACGUCAAUGUCCGACCACAGCGAGAGCAGCGACGGGGACCUGGGUGACAUGACGCCCUGCAACGCCUCCCCGAGUAUUGCCGCCAUGUUGUUCCGCCCGAUCCGUCAACCCAACGAUUUAGAGGACACCUGGCGGGCUCACCUCCUCUCUCUGAUGGCCGCCGACGCCCCCAUCCUCCACCCCACCAGGACCUGUACGCUCUUCAACGCCGUCUUCUCCGAGAGUGUGGUCAAGUUUAGUGAGCUGGUGAGUGAGAGCAGCCAGUACUUGGGGGAGAGCGGAGAGAUGAUGCAUAAUUACGGAGCCUUCCUUCACUACCUGGAGCAGGGAGUGGAUGGCCUGGCUCCUCUGAUGUAUGUGUACGUGGACGCCGCGUUGCUCGGAGUCACUCAGCUCACACAGAGGUUCCGCUCGACAUUCAUCGCCCUGCACGAGCAUCUGGACACUUACCUGGACAAGAGGGAGAGUGCCAAUGUGUGUCUGGACGGGAUCAAGUCGACGCUGAAACUCCAACACCUUGGGGAGAGUUUGCCGGAGCUUUGUGCCGACGAGCAGCACAUAGACCUUUGCCGCUGCCUGUACAAGAUACACUUCCAGCUCUCGCUCCUGUACGACACCUACACCAAGCUCCUAAUGGCUCUGAUUCACACGGCUAAAACUGCACAGGCGAGUGACCACAGUGUAGAGUUGAGUACACUGCAGGGCAAACUAGUGGCUGCUGUGGAACAACUGGACUCCACGCCUCCCACAACACCAACGCAAAGCUCACAGUGUCUUCCCCCUGAACGAGAGCUGCCGGAGGGUGAAGAGGGAGAGUGUGAAAGUGUCGGCGGAGAGGAGAGUGAAGGAGGGAGUGCAGGUGAGAUCAGUAUAGGACGCACUGAAGGAGGCUCUCCAGUAAGCUCUUCCUCACUUGGGUCUCAGUCCUUAGAGCUCCCUGUAACACAACCCAACUCUCAACCUGAAGCAGAACUCCAGUUAUUACAACUAGUGGCUGACCAGCGGUGGGUCGGAGCUCUGCAGUUCGUCCGUCAACAUCGUUCUCUCUGGCAUCGUGAGGCGAGCUCUUCCCACACCCACGAUGACAUCACAGUUAUCCUCGACACUUACUGCACAUAUCUCGCUGACAAGAAACCCGGUAUGAUAGCGGUGUGCGGGACAGAGGCCGAGUUGGGGGAGACCAGUUUCCGUCUAACGGAAGCCAACAUGUCGUCUUUAUCGGUCCUCAGAACCAUAGAACAGACGCCCAAACAGAGCCGGGAAUCUCUCGAGUCAGUUAUUCGUAAAACAGAGUGUUAGGUCCAUUCAGCGCUAUGUAAGUUUUAUGUCUAGUUCAAAAUAUUGACCAUAAUACUAAUGCUUAUUAUUGUAACUUGUAAAAUCUCAGUGUGCUUAAAAAUAAAAGGAUUCGUUCUUUCCCAUGACAUGUUAUGUGUUUGUAGUUACAGAAGCACAAUUAUCCCACAUUGUUGGCUCUGUCGGUAAAUUAAGUUGAGCUAUAAAUGUCCAUAAACAGAGGACACAGCCACCAAACAAAACACUUUAAAGUCUUGAGUCUGUUGUGUAUAAUGAAUCUCAGUUGAAACCUUUUAAAGUGAUGUAAGUUUAUGUUGUGAUAUAAAUAAAUGAAAGCUUUACUGAUAAUAGUGACAAAGGCAUAAAUCUCUCUCAUAAAACUAUCAUUAUGCCAGACCUCAAUCUGUUAUGUUAAAGGAAUACUGUACAAGCCAUUUAGCUAAAUUGUAUAAUUUAUCAAAACAUUUACACAAAUUAUGUAAAAAAUACAUAAUUAAGCCACAAUCUGUUUAAGAACACCAUCAGGCUUACUUAACACUGAUACUGUCUCCAUGCAUAAGACUGAUCAUUUGGUUCAGCUCUCAUAACCUAUGAUCAACACCAAAAACUAACUGUUGGGGCAUUAACAACUCCUGGAAUGUGACCGCUCCACGAGGACAAGUGGCUCUGAUGGGUGGGCAGGUUCUGUGUAGACAAGAGGUACAAAGGUACUUACCUCUCUCCUGUGUUUCACUCAAGUGGCUCUGAUGGGUGGGCAGGUUCUGUGUAGACAAGAGGUACAAAGGUACUUACCUCUCUCCUGUGUUUCACUCAAGUGGCUCUGAUGGGUGGGCAGGUUCUGUGUAGACAAGAGGUUCAAAGGUACUUACCUCGCUCCUUCAAGUUGCUGCAAUAUUUUAUAAUUGUUGACUCUUGGUUCUCAUUUGUUGUGGGAGGAAUCACUAUUUUUAUUGUGUUUUAAUCAUUACUUUUAACAGUUCAUUAAACUUAAAGCUGUUCUUUUUAUUUUAUUGGAACUUGUGAAGGAUCCCUUAGACAAGUUUUUUAUUUCAUUCACCAUUGCAGUUGUAAGGAAGCCUAUGGUCAGUUAUAAACCUGUGUCUUGUGCCGCCGGCCCACAAAUUUUAAUCAACCCGGAUGAAAUAAUGUGUCAUAAAGAUGGCUGCUUAUAUGAGGAAAACAUUACCAUUUUGUGAUACUUGGGAUUUAUGCUUUUGUUAAUAUUUAUCAACGGUCAAAGAUUUAAAAAUAAAAUACAAGUUUAAGAUGUGAUGGGUAAAGUGCUCAAUAGAUUACAA